CGCCUCCUCCGUUUGUUUUGUUGACUCGUCCCUGACUUGGGCCGGUCGGUGGAUCAACUCGUAAACGGGGGGCGCUUGUUUCCUAUUUCCACAGCCUUCCAGACAGAUCGCGACCGACCUCGUGGUGGGAUUGCCGCCCCAUCAAAGAAAAUUGCGAGAUAGACAAGGAUGGAAAACGAAACAUAUGAGAAAAACGGUACAUUGGGUGGGAGAAGGAUCGAGGAUUGCGAACCUGAGUCAACCCUCACGUUCGAACCGCACCUGCCCGUCGCUUCAUCGACACCGCUGGCUCACUCUGCACCACCUGUCGAUAACAACACCAACAGGGGCCACACCGACAACGAUUGCAACAACAUCAGCAGCAACCACGGCAAAGGCCCAGCUUCCCACCUACAGCACCAACGACAACAGUCUGCUCCCGCCUUCUCCUCACUAUCACCACUACACGCCGAUACUGGUUCUAGGUCGUCUGUUAGAGGGGCGGGACACGUCAGACACCACUCUCAAGAGAUGCCGCUCACCGGCGACGGACGCGUCGGGAAGGGCGGGGUGCGACGCCUCGAGCACCCGCCGGGAAGGACGAGCGCCUGGCUAGAACCCGGCGGGGGGGGCUUCUCCCCCGACAUGACGUCCAAGUUCCAGCGCGCCGCCGCGGGCACGGACGGCAUACGGCCGACAUCGUCAUCGUCAUCGUCACGCUUUAGCUUCCUCUCCUCGAUCACGACGCGGUUGACGAGCACGGCGCCGGCGCCGCCCACACCUCGCGAAGUCGACGACGAGCUGUGCAACAUGGACGUCGAAGCAGCGCUAUACCCUCCCUCCUCCUCCCCUGCGCACACCCCCAAGAGCGCCGAGGCCUUCUCGCCGGCCGCGUACAAGAAUCUGCAGAUGAACGCGGCGGGACUGCUGCGGCGGAUGCAGGAGGCGUACCGGCAGCGGGUGGCGUCGGUGCGGGAACUCGAAGCGGAGCGGGAGGCGCAGCGGGAGGAGGCGGAGGAGGCGGAACUGCGGGUCCGGAGCCUCCGCACUCAGCUCGAGGCCAUGGCGGUCCAGGCGUCGCACCAGGAGGACGAGAUGCAGCGUCUCGUCUCGGAGCUGCGCGCCGAGCGGGAGAGGGCGGAGAUGGAGAGGGAGAAGGAGAGGCGCGGCCGUCCGAGACAUGCCGCCGAGGACGCGUGCCUUGGCGACGGCGAGGAGCGGGAGUACGCGGCGGAGGAAAGCGAGGAAGACAGGCAGAUGUGGGGGAAGCGGAAGAGCGCGGGCACCGUCAGGUCGGACCUGAGCAUCGACACCACCAGCACGACGGCGACGACUACCACCGACGGCGAGAGCAUAUUCUCGCGGAGCCGCAGCCCGACGGCCAUGACGAGCGCGACGGACAGCGACAACCUCGAGAUGCUGACCAUCCGGGGGCCGGUUCCCCCCGCCCCAGCCGCGGCGGCGGCGCCGCCACCGACGCUAAACGUACCGCGGGCGGCCCCCAAGCCGGCGACGUCGUCUCCGCAGCCGCAGCCGCAGCCGCAGCUGUCGGCGUUCCAGAAGUUGGUCAAGGGCAUCUCCGGCGGCGCGGAGGCGGCCACGGUGAGCAACUGCAGCAACUGCCGGGGCCGGGACUCGAGCGUCGCCUGGGACACGGUCAGCCUGCUGCGGGACGAGAACCGCGGGCUGAAGCAGCGCGUCUCCGAGCUCGAGGUCGUCCUCGAGGGGGCGCUGGACGCGGUGAACGGCGUCGGGCUGUGAUCGCCGCUGCGUCGCGCCACCCCGAGAAGGACGGCUCGCGCGCCUGCUUGUCUCUCGCCCGUCCGUCCGUCGGCUUGCCUGACCCUCCCCCUCCCCUCCCCCCUCCGUCGUCGAGUAUGUUUCUCUUGUAUAUACGCGGAUCGCGCCGGAGGGUAAGGGAAGGGGUUCGCUCGCGGCUUGUUUUUUUUUUCUUCUCUUUCGAACUCGAUGUUUUGGACGGGAUGUGUUA